GAAGAGAUCAGGUCCGGGCAGCCAGGAGCAGCAAGGCCCCUGCACCUAAGCCCGUGCAUGACCCCCAUGAACAUGGGAGCACCAGUGCUGCUGGCAGGGUAUCUGUGCCAGCUUCCAUGGGUACGAGGCAUGUGGGGCCAGGGCACCAGGCACGAGCAGUACAGCAAGGCUCCAAAGCACCAGUGGGACGCUACAAGUGCAUCCUCAUAGGCAAGUCGGUGCGGAGCCAACGGAGGGCUCUUAGGAAGCCGGAGGAUGUGACACAUGUGGCACACUGCUCCAGGAAGGAGGAAGAUCUGCCAGAGCUGGAGUGGAGACAGCUGGCCCGCAGGCAGCACCCGAGGAGGGGAACUCCUGCAAGCAUGGCAGCCCAUGUCCACGGGAAGCACUGGUCGAGGGCGCCCAGGGACAUAGUCCCUCAAGUGCCAAAGAACCACCCAGGGGCCCUGGCCAAGCUUGAUAGCUGGGAAGAUAUCAGCACCAAAGAACUGUCCCAGGAAGAGGACAUCAAGAUCUACAGCAUCUGGGUCAACCCUUUGUUCCCAGAGCUUUUGGAGGGGUCCCGCCGUCCCAGCAGCUCUGGCACACACGCGGCAGGAGUCACAGCUGGGCACCAGCAGGAUGCGUCUCCUGACCAGGCACGUUCCACAAACACCGAGCCAGCAGCUGCUGCCCUGGCUGCAGCUGCUGAGGAAGAGGAGCAGCGCUCGCCACUCGCUCCCACAGAACAGGAGGCGGCGAAGGCACCGGCUUCUCUCUUCAGCAAGCAGGGCACAGCAGCACAGACAGGGAGCCAGGCACCUGCCCCACACAGCCCCACAGCCCACACCGUGGCUCUGCAGGACACAGCUCAGUGGGACGUAAGUGAGGUCCGGCACAAGAGGCCAGCGGAAAAGCAGGACUCAAAAAGCAGCAUGAUGCUGGUGGAAAGGGCAAGAAGAGAUCAGGUCCGGGCAACCAGGAGCAGCAAGGCCCCUGCACCUAAGCCCGUGCAUGACCCCCAUGAACAUGGGAGCACCAGUGCUGCUGGCAGGGUGUCUGUGCCAGCUUCCAUGGGUGGGAGGCAUGUGGGGCCAGGGCACCAGGCACGAGCAGUACAGCAAGGCUCCAAAGCACCAGUGGGACGCUACAAGUGCAUCCUCAUAGGCAAGUCGGUGCGGAGCCAACGGAGGGUCCGUAGGAUGCCUGAGGAUAUGGCACAUGUGGCAGACUGCUCCAGGAAGGAGGAGGAUCUGCAGAAGCUGAAGUCGAGAUUCCUGGCCCACAGCCAGCACAGGAGGAGGGGAAGUCCUGCAGGAAGUCCUGCAAGCAUGGCAGCCCAUGUCCGCGGGAAGCACUGGGCGAAGGCAGAAAGGGCCUUAGUCCCACAAGUGCCAAAGAACCACCCAGGGGCCCUGGCCAAGCUUGAUAGCUGGGAAGAUAUCAGCACCAAAGAACUGUCCCAGGAAGAGGACAUCAAGAUCUACAGCAUCUGGCUCUCCCUUUGUUGUUCCUGUUUUUAUAGGAGGCGCCAGGGGUCUUGGCCAAGGAGGACGACAAGUGGGAAGACAGCCUGGAGCUCUUCCAGGACCCCCACGCUGUUCCCCCGGAGGGCCAGGCAGCCUCCGAGCAGAGUGGUAACACAUCGCCCUGCUCCGGCUCCAGGGAUGAGCCCGAGGAUGAGCCAGGCAUCGCCGCCCUGCCGCACACCCCAGCUCGACGGCGACGGCCCUCCCUCUUCCGCAGGGUGCUCAGGGCUCUGCGCAGGGCUUUCUGCUGUACCUGCAUCACGGCACAGCGAGAGCAGCAGCGCCCUGCUGCCAGCGGGGCCCAUGAAGGUGCCGGCUGCCCCUGAGCCCGUGCUGCAUGCGGAAGGUGCAGCGCAGGGAGGCACUGGAGGGAUGGCUGCCGGGACUGCGCCUCACGCAUUCAGCUGCCCUGAGGACAUCGUGGCGCCAGCCUCUGCUGGGCCCUGCAUGCUUUCUGAGGCCAAUAAAAGCUGACCAUUUUCCCCCAGGGCUCAUGUGUGCCUGCUCCACCCUGGCAGAAAGACCCGUGCAGGCAAGGCCCACGCCAGCAGGCAGAGCUGGAGAGCCCCUGUGCUCCCUCUUCUCCACGCUGAGCAGAGCCUGUGCCCUCGGCCUCUGCCCAUGCCGCUGGCAUUCCAGCUCCCAACCAGAUGGGGCCUCCGCUGGCCUCGC